AUGAACAAAGCAGAAAUAACUGGAAGCAAAUUAGGAGUAUUAAUUGAUAAAAUAAUCAAAGAACUCGAAGAAGACCGAAACCCAGUCAACGAAGAAAAGAAAGAAAAAAUCCUAACAGAAGUAAAAAACACGAAGUCAGAAGAACCAACUUUCAAGGAAGAACAAAAUAGGAUAAUAAAAUAUUUGAAAGAAACAACAUUUGAGGAACCAGAUAAAAUUAAAAAUUACUACAAGAAAAAUGAGAUUAUAAACUGGUUUAGAAAACAGCUCUACGAAGACGUGCUACACCACUGUAUCGACUGUAAUAUAGGCUGGAGAUAUGGAAGUCAUAAUUCACAUAACUGUAAUUACGAUAACAAACCAGGAAAAGAACUUAGAAAUCUUUACAAAAUAACAAUUCAAGAAUUUGAAAAGCUAAUAGAAGAAAGACCUUUUAUCAUUACACCAAAAAGAACAGAGAAGGAUUACCGAAAUAAGUACUGCCUAGAAUGUCUAACGAAAAUCGAAAAGAAAACAAUCAACCUCAACAAAGAACCUGAACAAAAUGAACAGAUGGAAACAGGAAAUGAAACAGACCAGGAAACGAAAAUGGAACUAGAAAAUAUCAGAAAAGAAAUGGAAAUGGAAAAAUAUAUUGAAGAAAAACCAGCUAAAAUAACCAGUAAAAAAAGACUACAAAACACGAUACAAUGGCACGGAGAAACUGAAGAAGGAUAUGAAAGUAAUGACGAAUUCAGAUAUGAAAUACAGA